GAAAGAAAAGAAAAAGGAGUCCAAGCAAGGGACGGGAACUAGAGGGUGAACACAGCUCAGCGGGGCGCACAGGACACCCUUCGCGGGUCAGAACACUCGAGUGUCGGCGGGGGUCCGUGGGCAUCCCGGGACGCUUUCACGCACCGGGGUGACCCCGGGCGCACAGACAUUCUGGGCGCGGGCCGGGCCGGGCCAGCCCCUGGCAGUGCCACCGGUGCCGCGCGAUCUCCGAGUGGCGAUCUCCGAGCUCGGCAGCGCUGGGCGGCGGGCCAGGAGGGGAGGGUCCGGCCUUGCCCGGCGGGCGUCCAUUGGCGGCUGCUCCCGGCGUCCGCGGUGCAGCCGGCUGCAGAGCCCGCAGGUGCCCCGCGCGCGCGCCAGACCCGAGUGGGUAGGGGGCGCCGCACUCGCCAUGCUGCGCGCGCCGCGGACCCUGGCUCCGGCCACGGCGCAGCCCACAAAGAGCCUGCCGACGUUGAACCCCACUGAGCUGUGGCCUUCGGGUCUGAGCAGCCCCCAGCUCUGUCCGGCCACCACCGCCACCACCUACUACACUUCGCUGUACACGCAGACGGUGCCUUCCUCUGCGGCGCUGGGCACCUGCCUCGACGCCACUCCCCACGGACCCGAGGGCCAAAUUGUGCGAUGUGUACCCGCAGGCCGGCUGCCGGCCAAGAGGAAGCUGGACUUGGAGGGCAUUGGGAGGCCUGCGGUCCCCGAAUUCCGGACUCCCAAGGGGAAGUGCAUCCGCGUGGAUGGUCUGCCAAGCCCCAAAACCCCCAAGUCUCCUGGGGAGAAGACACGCUAUGACACGUCGCUGGGGCUGCUCACCAAGAAGUUCAUUUACCUCCUGAGCGAGUCGGAGGAUGGAGUCCUGGACCUGAACUGGGCAGCCGAGGUGCUGGAUGUGCAGAAGCGGCGCAUAUAUGACAUCACCAACGUGCUGGAGGGCAUCCAGCUCAUCCGCAAGAAGUCCAAAAACAACAUCCAGUGGGUAGGCAGGGGAAUAUUUGAAGACCCCGCCCGACCCGCCAAGCAGCAGCAGCAGCUCGGGCAGGAGCUGAAGGAGCUGAUGAACGCGGAGCGGACCUUGGAUCGGCUCAUUCAGAGCUGCUCGCUGAGCUUCAAGCACCUGACCGAAGAUAAUGCCAACAAGAAACUGGCCUAUGUGACCUACCAGGAUAUCCGCGCUGUGGGCAAUUUCAAGGAGCAAACAGUGAUUGCCGUUAAGGCCCCGCCGCAGACCAGAUUGGAAGUGCCGGACAGAGCAGAGGAGAGCCUGCAGAUUUAUCUAAAGAGUACCCAAGGCCCCAUUGAAGUCUACCUGUGCCCAGAGGAGGGCCAGGAGCCAGACAGUCCUGCCAAGGAGGCCCUCCCCUCCUCCACCUCUUCCCUCAGCCCCGUCCCUGACUGUAGUCAGCCCGGCUGCAGCUCUGACUCUGGGAUUGCAGAAACCAUAGAGUCUUCAGUACUGAUGCCCCAGCCGGUACCGCCGCCGCCACCACCACCGCCGCUGCCAGCCCCAUCCCUCGUCCCCUUGGAAGCCACUGACAACAUGCUGGAGCUGUCGCACCCACUUCUGCAACAGACUGAGGACCAGUUCCUGUCCCCAAUCCUGGCGGCCAGCUCGCCUCUGAUCAACUUCUCCCCGCCCUUGGACCAGGACGACUACCUGUGGGGCAUGGACGAGGGGGAAGGGAUCAGUGACCUCUUUGACUCCUAUGACCUUGGGGACCUGUUGAUUAACUGAAGAGUCCUGUAUCGGUCUCUACCUCCUCACAGACAGAUUGACAAGCUCUCUGCCCGGAUGGGGGGACAUCGGACACCCGGUGUCACCCUCUGUGUGUGUGAGCGACUCCAUCCCAGCCUUCCUUCCGGUAGAGACCAGCUAGGGAGGUGUGGAAGAUAUGGCCGAGGAGUGUGUCCGGCUAAGCCCUGAUCCUCCUCUUCUGACCCUCUGAGCCCUUCAUGAAGGACUGCAGGUGCAGGUGGCCGUGUUCAGGGAAAGGGUCCGCUGCCUCCUGAGGGGCAGUAGGGCCCUGGCUUUUUCAAGAAGCACUUAACGCCUUUGUAUUUAUUUCAAGUUGAGUUCUGUUUGUUUGUCCACCCUGAGUUUUAGCAGGGAGAUUUGUUCUAGUUUCUCCUCAGACAGGCCCACCCAUGCCCACUGCCUAAGGGCACAUCUUGGGCUUCCAGGGGUCUAGGCCAACUCCUUGCCCCCACCCCCAUAGUGGUGCCUGGGUCUUGAGGAGACUAUCCAGUUUGCUUGAAUAUUAAUUGCACUUAGACUUGUUGUUUUAGUGAGUGCCAGGCCCAGCUGAGGAAUCAGCUUGGGAAUCUCCAUCUCUUCAUCCUAGAGAAAGUUCUAGUACCUACUCUGGGGGAGGCGGCCAAGGGGGGCUUGCUUCCUGUUGAAUCUCAGCUUUCCUGAGCCUCGGAAUAUAAAUGUAGGCCUUCAGGAAUUAGCCCAGAAGAGCUCCUGAGAAAAACAGGGGGCACGUGUCAUGGCUCCUGGAUGCCCUUCCUCAGAGCUUCUGUGUGGGUCAGAAACCUGGAAGGUGGAGGCAGAGAGAAGUUUGAGAAGAAAACAAGAAACACCCUGGGGGCGGCCUAUGUUUCCCUGAGAGGAUUAUUUUGUUUCUUGGUUGCAAUUGUUGGAGGGAGAGAUUCCUUAAAUACCCGCUGUCCCAAGCCCUCACCUCACUCCCCAGGUCAGACGUGACGGGAGCUUGGGGUCAGGUUUGCACCUUUCCUCACUGGACUGCUGAGGGGGUGAGGCGGCAGGAGUGGGGUGCUCUUCCCUGCAGCCUAGGCCUCAGCAGCUCAUGAGGAGAGAGGCGGGUGCCUGCCACCUCUCCUGGCGUGGAGAUCUGGGAAGAGCUCAGGGUCUCACUUGUUUGGCCCACAGACUGACCAUGCAGGGAUCCUGUGUUCAGAUGGGGACAGGAGGCUGCUUCUCUCUCUUGCCUUUCCCGGGUUGGAGGGAGAAUGGGCUUAACCAAGGCCGUGUGUAUGGAGAGGUAUACCCAGGGGUGAUGGGGUCUGAGAGGCCUUCCACCUACCCUCAGGGAGCCUGGGUUCCUCAGGGCCUCAAUGGGGCAGCACUUUUUUGUGGUUAUUGUCGUUGUAAGUUUGUAGCAUUAAAUUGAUUUAAAAGAUGAAGUCGGCUAUGCCAGGUAGCUCCUGGCUGGCUGACUGGGAUUUUGAAGUUUGGAUGUUGAGCUAAUGUGUCCUGGUGCCUGCUUUGGGUAAUGCGUCUUACCUGGCUCAGCCUCCUGGGCGCACAAAGUUAGUCCUGGCAGAGGAGUGGCCAGUGACUCACAACUCCCCCACUUGAAACUUGUCUACUUUUACACCGAGUGUCCAACCUUUUGACAUAUGUGACCUUGUCGUCUCUAACGUUCACCCUCAAGAACUGCAAAGAUAAGCUACCAAAAAAAAAUCUCAUGAUGUUUUAAGUACGUUUACAACUAAGUGUUGGGCUGUGUUUUGUAGGUGUCUGUGGCCCGUGCUGCAUGUUAGACACCCCUGCUACAGAGAUGUCCCUGGGUCUCUACCAAGCACGGGGUGGUUUCUCAGACCACCCUGAAAGCCCAGUGUGCUCAAGACACAAGGGGACCCUUGAGGGAUGAGGGUGCUACCUGGGAACUAGUUUGUUGCGCGUGAGGCUGGAGACAGCCUUGCUGGUCCCUGGCCUUUGCUAUUUAGCUAUGCACCAGCUUUGAGAGCAGAGAUGGCUGACCUCCGUGCCUUGGGCUCUGGGUGCGUAGCUAGGGUUAGAGGGAAGAGGGCUGUAGUUCCUGUCUGGAGCGAGGUUUAGAAUGCAGCCCAGAUUCAAGGUCAGUCACCCAAGGCCCAGCACAGGGAUGGAUGGAGGUCUUCCCUGCAGCUGCCUUUUGAUCUCUGAGAGUCCAUCAAUCCUGCCUGGUCAAGGGGCUGGACCUCCGGGGAGAAGCCCAAGGCUAGCUUGGGAAACAAGCUCUCGCCCCUUUCUUGCCAAUGAUACUUGAGACCUCUUAAGUCCCUUAGAAUGCUUUAAAAGAAUGGGGUGUUCCCCAUUGGGAACGCUGUUUUGAGUGGUAUGUCUUUUAGGCCCUAGGGAAGCUUUCACACUAGGGAGGGAAAGCUACCGGCUUCUUUCUGAGGGGAAUACUUUCUUCGGGGAGGUCCCCGGCCUGUCAGUGUCCCCUGGUGAUGUCCCUGGGGACCCCAGAGCACUCAGCAGAAUGAAACUUGUACAUAGGCUUGGUAGUGCACCAGAAGAGGUCAGGAUGAGUCCCUUCUCAUGGUGGACGCGUGGCUGUGAGGGUGGGGAGUUUGUAAACUAUUUCAGGGGGGUGCAUUGUGGUCUCUCCUCCCUGCGCAUGCUCAGCCUCUCUUCCGCACAGAUUAGCGUUGUACAGAGUUUGAUCAUGCUGGCAUCAGGUGUUCUGUAGCUUCAGCGCUUCUGAAACCCCUGCGGUUGGUUAGAAGCAGAUUUUUGUUUGUUUGCUUGUUUCUGUCGUAAGCAGAGGCCCGCUUCACCCAGGUUCCCAGAAGGCUCUUCAGGGAUCAUCGUGGCUACAGGUCUGCCUAGCCUCUGAUUCCUAGGAGAUAUAAAGUCUUGUGGGUUUUAGGAUGCCUGGGGGCGGGGGAGUCUGGAGUUCCUGGGUCAGGAUUCCAUGUGGGUCACCUACCUACCUCCCUGGUCUCACCCAAAGUCCCGCCUUGAACAACCAGUAAGUUUCUUUCUGUUGUGAUCAUUGGGCAUUAAAUAAUGGCAGCUCUGGUAA